CCUCGACCGACGGCCCUUGGAUCCGCAGACCCUGCAAGAAACGACAACACUUGCUCCACGACGGCAAGGCGCCGGACGAGCGGUUUUGAAACUAUAUACAUUCUGACCUCGACAUUGGUCGAGACUCCUUGCGCGCGCGCGCAGCGAAAGAAGAGGCAGCCGAGUCGAUCCGAGUCGAGACGAGUUCGCCGUGUCGCGUUUGCCCGCCCGCCAUGGCCGCCGCCGCGGACGCCCAAGCGGCGCAGAUGCCGUUUAUCAAGAACCUGGCCUCGAGCGACCGCAAGCUCCGCACGCAGUCCCUCUCGGCGCUGCAGUCCUUCCUCGCCACGCGCCCGCCCCUCGCCGCCGCCGACGCCGCCAAGCUCUGGACGGGGCUCUACUACGCCCUCUGGAUGACGGACCGCCCGCGCCCGCAGCAGGCCCUCGCCGCCGACCUCGCCGCCCUCGUGCUCACCUCCCUGCGCGACCCGCGCUGCGCGGCCCCCUGGCUGCGCGGCUUCUGGGCCGUCCUGUCCGCGCAGUGGCCGCGCGUCGACGCCCUGCGCAUGGACAAGUUCUUGUUGCUCGUGCGCCGCGUCUUUGCCGCGCAGCUGCGCUGGGUGCGCGAGCGGGGGUACUGCGAUGCCGCCGCCGCCGAAGAUGAUGAUGAUGAGAAGACCAAGGAGGAGGACUACAAGGAGGGCAGGGAUCCUGUAGAGGACGUGCUGCGUGUCCUCGAGCAGUGCGCCUUCGACGUCGACGAGGAGUCCCGCACCGCGCUCGGCCUGCGCCUGCACGUGCUCGACCUCUGGGUCGACGAGCUGGAGCGCGAGGGCUGCCUCGCCCCGCUGACAACGACGACUUCCUCGGCUGGAGAGCAGCAGCAGGAUGCCCGGGGCGCGGCAUUCGUCGCCCGCGUCGGCGACAUGGUGGAGCGCCUGCGCCGUAGCCCCGUCAAGAGCGUCCGCGCCCGCGCCCAGGAGAGCUAUCUCGACGCGCGCCUGCCGUGGGGCACCGCUGACGCUGACGAGGGCGAUGACGAUGAGAACAUGGCUGAUGCUGCGGUUGACGAUGACGACGACUCCGAGGACGGUUGGGGCGGCAUCCAAGACUGAAGGGGGGAUAAUAAAGGGGGCGGGCGGAGGGUUGCACGAGUCUGGUCAGGGGCUCGACGGG